CCCGCCCGUCCGGAGAGCAGCCGACGUGCGGGCACCGAGCGCAGCCCCGGCCCCGCUGCAGCCCGAGCCCCGGGCGGCCGUGGCUGCUAUGUGGCUUCGUGGCGCGCGGCCUCCACCGGGUAAGAGGUUUGCGCCCACGCCUGGCCAAGGCUCAGCUGCCUGAGGACUGAGGAUACUUUGCAGCCAACGGGGGGCCAAGGGCUGAACGCAACCCCUGGAAGUGCCUGGCAGUGAGGACGGAGCCAUGCGCCUGGCAGCCGCCUGCUGACCCCACCAAACUCCUGACAACAGCCGAGCAUCCCGAGCCCACAUUCCCAACAGGAGCCCUGCGGCAAAACAAAGCGUGGGGUGGGCCGGGGGGCUGCAUUGUCCCUUUCUGACCCACCUCGUGCCCCCCACGGCCUCGCAGAGCCCCCCAGUGCCUCUGCCGCCCUCCUGGGGGCUCGGCAGCCCCCUCACAGGGCUGCCCGCCCCACCGCCCUCGCCUUGGCCUCCCGCCCUGCUGGAGCGCGGCACCCUGCCGGGCGCUGCCCCCCGCGCCCCCAGGGCAUCUCCCCCCGCCCCCCCGGGGCCCUGCCUCCCACUGGCAGAGCCAUGAAGCUGCAGGCAGUGAUGGAGAACCUGCAGCGACAGCAGCGCGCCCGGCUGCAGCAGGCUCUGGAAGCACGGCAGCAGGAGCAGCAGCAGCAGCAGCAGCAGCAACGCUCCACGCCCCCCCCGGCGCAGCCCCCGCCGGCCUCAGGACAGACCCCUGCCCGGGGACGAGGCCCUGAUUUGGCCCCAGCCCCUUUGGAGGAAGGCACGGAACCUGAGAGCGCUCACAUCCAGAGGGCACAGAUGGCUGCCCUGGCUGCCAUGCGGGCCGCAGCCGCCGGCCUCAGCCACUCAUCCAGCCCAGGGCUGUCGGAGGAGAGCCAGGAGGAGGAGGAACGUGGUGAGGAGGAGGAAGAGGAAGAGGAUGGUGGUGGCUACCAGCAGGAGAUGGGCUCCGAGGAGGAGGAGGACCUGAAGGGCAAAUGGGAUGAAGAAGAAUUUGAAGAGGACCUGGGCGAGGAGGAGGAGGAGGAGGAAGAAGAAGAAGAAGAGGAAGAAGAGGAGGAGGAAGAAGAAGAGGAAGACUAUGAGGAGGAGGAAGACAUGGGCGAGGAGGGGCUGGGCUCAGCGGAGGCGGUGCGGACAGGCACGGGGUCCCUGCUGCUCCGAAAGCCGCCGGCACCUCAGCACUGCCGGGGUGAAGCACAGCGGCUGCCGGGCGCACAGGAGCGACUCCCAGCUGGACUGGGCCCCCAGGGCCACGCACAGCUCCCACAGCCUGCACCCGACCACGGCGACUGGACCUACGAGGAGCAGUUCAAGCAGCUGUAUGAGUUGGACGGUGACCCCCGGAGGAAGGAGUUCCUGGACGACCUCUUCAGCUUCAUGCAGAAGCGAGGGACCCCCGUGAACCGGAUCCCCAUCAUGGCCAAGCAGGUGCUGGAUCUGUACAUGCUCUACAUGCUGGUGACGGAGAAGGGAGGCCUGGUGGAGGUCAUCAACAAGAAGCUGUGGCGAGAGAUCACCAAGGGGCUCAACCUGCCCACCUCCAUCACCAGCGCGGCCUUCACGCUCCGCACCCAGUACAUGAAGUACCUGUACCCCUAUGAAUGUGAGAAGCGGGGCCUGAGCAACCCCAACGAGCUGCAGGCGGCCAUUGACAGCAACCGAAGGGAGGGCCGCCGGCAGGGAUUUGGCAGCUCGCUCUUCACCUACUCACCUGGUGGCACCCAUGGGCUCCUCUCCUCACCCAAGCUGCCGGUGCCAGCCCUGGGGUUGGCCUCAGCCACCAACGGCGGUGCCAUCGCUCCCGUCCAGAAGAUCAAGAAAGAGGAGGACGCACCCAUCCCCAUCUCCAUGCCCAGCCGGCUGCCAGUGUCGCUGGCCGGACACCCAGUGGUGGCAGCUCAAGCUGCAGCCGUGCAGGUGGCAGCAGCAGCCCAGGCCGUGGCACUGGAGCAGCUGCGGGAGAAGCUGGAAUCAGGGGAACCCCCAGAGAAGAAAAUGGCACUGGUGACAGACGAGCAGCAGCGGCUGAUGCAGCGUGCCCUGCAGCAAAACCUCCUGGCCAUGACAGCACAGCUGCCCAUGAGCAUCCGCAUCAACAGCCAGGGCACGCGCUCGCCAGAGAACCGCCAGGACACCUCCAGCAGCACAGCCAACAACGGCACCAACAGCAUCAGCAUGUCGGUUGAGAUCAACGGUAUCGUCUACACAGGUGUGCUGUUCGCCCAGACGCCCGGCCCUUCCUCCUCCUCCUCCUCGUCCUCCUCCUCCUACAGCAAAGGCAACGGCGGCAGCCGCGGCGGCGGCGGUGACAAAGGCACCAACAGCAGCGGGACGGGGGGCAGUGGGAGCAGCAUGGGCAGCGUCCCCCCCGCUGCUCCCCCCGCCGUGCCUGUGCCCCCCCCCAGCUCUACCUCCAACAACGCUUCGCCUUAACGCCCCCCCCCCCCCUUCCCACACACAGCCAAAACCACCCCGAGGUGCCGGGGGCUGCAGGUGG